AUGGUCCUGGCCUAUAACGACUCGGCCGGUAUCUCCGCCCGCUUCAAUUUGAACGUUCUCGUCAUGCUAAAUCGAGAGCUUGGUGCCGAUUUCGACGUGAGCAACUUCACCCACUCUCCCGUGUGGAAUGCCGAGAAUUCGGGAGUGGAAUCACACAUCAGAGCCAAUAAAGGGAUGACCGUUUCUCUCCCUGGCCUCGGCACCAGCAUCGAGCUGGGCGAGGGAGAAGGGAUCUUUCCAGCGAUAUCGUGCAAGUUCACGAGAGAGGGUGUCACGAGAGAAUUGGGAGACGUGGGGCUGGAGGUGACUCAGUGGUACACCGACAGUGCGGCAAUGUAUGGAGUCUUGGUCGCAGCACAGAAAAAUUGA